UUGGUUGGUAGAGGGGCUAAGCGUUUGUAAGCAGUUUGUUUUGUAGUUCAUUUUGAAUUGCAGAAACUUAUUUAAAAUUAUUGAGUUCGGUUUUUGGUUUGUGAUUUUUUAAUAUACUUGACUCAAAUAUUAUAGUAUCUAACCGGAGAGAAUGACGUAUAGGUUAAACUACGUACGAAACGGGCUGGAAUUAUGUGCCAUUUUUUACUAAUGACAUUAAGAGGUUUUUGUGACAGUUUAUACGCCGUGGCAAUUCCAUUGCUUGUAUCUUAGACAGUUAUCAUCAGCCUUGAACGCUGUUAUGCCUACAAAUCAGAUGCGUGAGAGCCCACCAAUGGAGCGGAAUAUACACGAAAUGCUGAAGGAUACGCCGGUGAUGAAUGAUAGCAAUACAGCUGUACACUCAGGAACAGCUCCCCCGACACCGCAGCGUAUGGGCUUUAUCCAACACCCGACAUCAUUACCUCUAAGUCAGACUGCAGCCCCAGCAUCAAUGACAUCACCAUCUAUGAAUUCAACGCAGAAUGGCGAUCCUCAAAUCAUAAAAGCCCAACAAUCAAAAAUUGAAAGUAUAAAGAACUGGAGUAUUUCAACAUACAAAUGUACAAAGCAGCUUAUGUUUGAAAAAUUGGGAAAAACUUCAAGAACUGUGGAUAAAGAAUUGGAGGCUCAGAUUGAACAGCUGCGAGACACUCAACGGAAGUAUUCAAACAUCUUGAGACUGUCUCGAGCCCUUGCCAGUCAUUUCUAUCAUGUUGUACAAACUCAGCAUGCACUUGGUGAGGCAUUCUCAGACUUAGCACAGAAGUCACCAGAGCUACAGGAAGAGUUUCUGUACAAUGCAGAAACACAGCGUAGCCUUACCAAGAAUGGAGAAACCCUACUUGGGGCUCUGAACUUUUUUGUUUCAUCAGUGAACACCUUGUGCAAUAAGACUAUUGAAGAUACCCUUCUGACUAUUAGACAGUAUGAAACAGCCAGAAUAGAAUAUGAUGCAUACAGGACUGAUUUGGAGUUGUUGGCUCAAGCUCCAAGAACAGAUGCAAAUACAGCAAGAUUGGAAGAGGCGCAACAUAAUUAUGAACUUCACAAAGCACAUUUUGAAAAGUUAGGCUCAGAUGUAUCUGUAAAACUGAAAUUUUUGGAUGAGAAUAGAAUCAAAGUAAUGCACAAACAGCUUUUGCUGUUUCAUAAUGCGGUAUCAGCAUACUUCUCAGGAAAUCAACAGGCACUUGAAGCUACAUUAAAACAGUUUAACAUCAAGGUUAAAUCUCCUAAUUCUUCUUAUCCAUCAUGGUUGGAGCAAUAGUAGCAGGAGAUAAGUAGGACUUGUGAGUCGUGCCCAUUCCAGAUGGUUUGCAGUUAUUGUAAAGUAGCUGUGUAAUUUCACUUAAUGUCAACAUGACAAUGCUGCAACAAUUCCUGCAUCACCUUGUUUAUCAAUCUGUGUGUGCAUCAUAUGUGAUAAAUGUAAAUUAAGUGCUUUAAAAACUUUUGUUGCCAUUUACUAUACAUCAGGGCCAGAAUUCUGCAUUAGUUAACUGCGAACAUUAAUUAUGUAUACUAAAACCCUUGUUCAUCAGUCAUGCAGUAUCAUUUUUUCAGUGAGUUCCUGUUUCAUGGUUUUGUAUGAUUUUGAGACUGCAGAUAACUGGUGAACAGUACAUGUAUUUCAUGUAUGAGAUAUAGUGCAUAUCAUUAAUAAAUGACUUCUUUACAACAUUGUUUGCCAGUUAGCCCACUUGGAUAAAAAUUUAAAACUUAUAAGAAAUAAAAAUGAAAAAAAGGGUUUAUAUUUUCUAAUUUAAAGAAAAUACAGUUAUGUUACU